GUGAGCAGGUGGAGGGAUCCUCAGUGCUGUGUCUUGUCUAGAGUUAGUGGAGACUGUGCCAUGCUGAACUCCAGCUCCUGUAAGAAGCAGCUGGCUAUGCAGAAUGCCAGUGAAGACACAAGCCAGGACAGGUGCCACCAGCACAGCAUCAGGGGGCAUCCUAGCUAUGGGCUGCUCCUUCUCAUCCUCUUAGUAUCUUGGACAAGCAUCUGUGAAGGUGCCCCAUUUUCAUCCACUGUCCUCAGAGCAGAAGAACUGCAGCUGUGGAAUGGGAUAGAUGAUGCAUGUUCUGCAGUGCUGUCAGAUUCCCAGCCUGCGGUAUCAAGUGCUCUAGAAGAACUCUGCUUUAUGGUUAUGGGAAUUCUGCAAAAAUCUCAGGGUUUAGAGGAAAAAGAGGAAUCUAAAAGGUUCUUAUUUCAUUAUUCUAAGAGUCAUGACUCAGGAAACUCAGACAUCACGUCGUCUGUCCUGCAUCCUUUGCUGCAACUCGUUCCUCAGCUUCAUGACAGGAGGAUGAAGAGAUUCAAAUCUGACGAGGAGGUCCAGGGACCAGGAGGAGUUUUAAGCAGGGGAUACUUUUUGUUCAGGCCACGUAAUGGAAGGAGAUCAGCAGGUUUCCGCUAAGAGAUAGCUGAAGACGGACAACCUACAAUGACAUGGGCACCCUAUAUUGUAAACACCUGUAACAACCUUUCACAAUAGAAUGUAAAGUAUAUUAUCAUAAAUUAUUUUUGGCUAAUACUGCCAAAGUUUCCUUAAUUUCUUUAUUAUAUUAAAAGCAUAUUAAAACAUUGUUUUCCAGUGUUCUACUGUGUAUUACUAUGGUGUAUAUUGAGAAUGACUUAUGACAGGUGCAGUUGAAGAACUCUGCAUGCAGAAUACUGCCACUCUGAAAGUAUUGCUAGAUGCAUCUAUUAUGUCUUGUAAAUAAAUGCACUUCUCUGAAAGCUGUUUUUAACACACAUUUUAUCUGUUUCUUUUAUUUGUUUAAAUAGCUGCUCUGUUACGUAUUAGUAUGAACCAAUUGAAUGCAGCUCAUGGACUUUAUUUUUCAUUAUUGUGGUGAAAUAUUAAGCUAAAUAAAGUUACAUUUGUU